UCAGGAAGUUUUCCGUUUUCUCGCAAGCAUGUGCGGAAUAAACAUGUAUUUUUUAAUCGUAGUGUGAAAGAUGUUAAUUUGGAAGUCGGGACGUCAUUACAUGGUAACUAACCCCAUGGAGAUCGACUAUAAAAGGGAGUCCUUGCUGUUGACCUCAUUGAACGGAAAGAAACGGAAGAAGAAUGCCGAUCAUCAUCAUCAUCAUCAUACCCACAAUGUGGCUAAGAGGGUCAAAAGUGAGCAUGGUGGCGCUGAUGAGACGGAGGAAGUUGAGCCCCGGAUCUCUGUGCUUCCUGACCGCCUGCGACAUCCCAUCACGGCCGAGGAGUUGACAGAGCUGCUGCACUACGCUGCUCUUGGGGGAACCAGAGUCAAACAGCCAAGUUGGUGUGUUCUCCUUGGACAAAGGCGUGUCAAAGGUGUCAAUGUAGUAGUGGUGGAGGAAGUCAGCCAAAGUGACUUUUACAAACACUACAUCACUCUCAGGAACCUGAGGACCAAAUACAGCAAUAGGUUGACCUUCACGCUGUCCACCAGCAGCAGCAGCCUGCUGUCUACCAUAUUCAGCAGUGAAGUGGACACAUUGGAACAGUUGGCUGUGUUACAGGAAGACAAGGACAGCAGCAAGCUGCACAAAGUGCUGAGGACUCACCCAGUGGUCCUCAAGUACGGUACGAGCAGGCGUGGCCUAACAGCCUACGUGCUCACCCAGGAGGAGAUGAUCAAGCGGCAUUACCCCGUGAAAGGGCUGCCGGGCUUCGAGGAUUUCGCGUGCACCGACUGCGGUGACGUCACAGACGCCAGCCCUCUCUUUGGACUCGACUGCGAAAUGUGUCUCACAGUGAAGGGCUACGAGUUGACCCGAGUCUCCCUGGUGGAGGGCGAAGGGAAGUGCGUGAUGGACCAGCUGGUCAAACCCGACAACAAAAUACUUGACUACCUCACCCAGUUCUCUGGCAUCACGGCAGCCAUGUUGCAUCCAGUCAGGACCAGUUUGCGCGAUGUCCAAGUGCAGCUGAGGACGCUGUUGCCGCGUGAUGCCGUCCUAGUGGGUCACGCCGUCAACAACGACCUGGUGGCUCUCAAACUGAUCCACCGUCAUGUGAUUGACACGUCGCUGCUGUACAGGAGUGAGUUUGGCCAGAGGUUCAAGCUGAAACUUCUGGCUGAGGUGGUGCUCGGCAGGAGCAUACAGACACAGGAGGAGAAAGGACACCAUCCCGUGGAGGACGCCUUGGCUGCCUUGGAUCUGGCCAAAUACUUCAUACGCAAGUCACCUCUGAAGGUGGUUGAGGAUCACCUCGAGGAACUUUGGGGUUUGACACAAGAAGGAGAAGAAGAAGAAGAGUCGACACGUCACUCAACAGAGCUUGCGCCCAGUAGCAGGUUUGCUGAUGUGUUGCAACGUGUGGGAAGGUCCGUCUGCUACGUGGGAAAACGCUGUGACAUCACCUUACACCCAGCCCAUCAGCAGUGGCACAACUCGGACAGACAGGUUGUGGCCUCUUUCCGGAGACAGAGCAAUUGUCCCUUCUUCUCCGUGCUCAGGUUGUCUUCCUUCUCGAACAUACCUCCUAGGCAAGACUACAAGGUGAAGACUCAUUGUGUGCGCUGGUGUCUUCAGGACAUGUGUGUUGUGUUUGCCGGACCACUUCCUGCCGGCUUCUCCGAAAGAGAAGUAAGGCGACUGUUCCGCUGCUGUGGAUCGGUCAGGACCGUCAAAAUGCUGACUACCACACACAGGAUUCAUGCUGUGGUGGAGUUCGAAUUAUUGGAAGGAGCUGCACUGGCACUACAAAUGCUGAACGGUGCCACCGUGCAGGGACACACCAUUAAGGUUCAGAGACCAGUCACCGAGUCCACGCUGGACUUUGACUUGAAUCUGGACGCGCUGAUGAGCGACGCAGUCAACGCGCGCCGCCUCUACACGCUCAAGCUAAACUGCCAAACAAACGGGCACAUAGCUGAUGGCAAAUUCGCAGUGAACAGUUGCACGUCUGAGUCGCUUCCCAUCAAGAAGUGCGAGCUGAGUGAGGAGGCACUGACGCAGACGUUCACCCGCUUCGGCAUCGUGGAAAGAAUCCUCUUGAUGGGCAAACCUGGAAGACAAGCCAGACAUGCCUACAUACAGUUUGAGUGUUCAGAGGCGAAACAGGCUGCUAUCAAGUCCUCCGAGGGACUUUGGCAGGAAAACUACGUCACAUGUCCGGCGCUGACUCCAGUCCCGGUGGAUGAAGACGGGCCGCACGAGUUAAGAGGCCAAAUACACCCUGGACCUCAGGACAUGGCAAUGUGUCACAUGAUGAAAAAGCUUGACGCGCGCCUGGGUAAAAUCUUCACGUCUCUCCCAGAAUGCACCUUGUCUGCCGUGCUGCUGCUCGCCCACAACAGCGCUCGUGAGCCAGCAUCACCUGGUUUGUGCCUUUUGGAGCUCAAACGUGGGAAGUCCAAUAACGCUACCACGUGACGUCACUUCCUCCAUCCUGGACGUCCACUUCCUGCAGCCAACAGACUUUUCAAAAUAAAGUGAAUUCAUCUCUUCAAGGAUCAAAAUGUCACCAUCAUGAAAAACCUUUUAAUGUACUGUAGACUAGGUCUGUGAGAAUCAUACAAGUGGAAAAAUGACCACUGUAAUAAAAGUCAAGUAAAAGUACUCAAUGCUUGAUGGUGCUUGACAUGUAAUAUAGGGAGGGAACAGGAAAAAGAUUAACUUUGGCAAGCUUAUCACCCUCCUUUUCAUGCUAGUUAUUAACUACAUGCUAUUUGCAUUAUCUGCUUUGUUUGUGUAUGCAAGUUUUUAUCUGUUAUACUGCAAUCGCUAAAUUCCACCUCAGAAAAUGGUCAACUCCAAGCCCUAUUUUGAAACCCAAAGCCAGACAUGAAUCCCCGAACUUUAACACCUUACUUUAAAAACCCCAACUCUGGCUUUAAUUCCUUUUCUGAAAGCUUACUUUGAAUCCCUAAGCCUUGUUUAAAACCCUAAACCUGGCUUUAAACCCUAGUUUGAAACAAACACCCUGGAUUCUCUUCAAAACCAUAACCCUCUCUUGAAAAUCUAAUUUGAAACCUUAACCCCGUCUUGAAAUCAUAAAUUGAAACACUAACCCUGGCUUGAAUCCCAUAUUUAAAACCCAAACUCAGGCUUCAAACCCUACUUUAAAUCCCUAAUUUUAAACACCUCACUCCUGUUUCAAAGCCUAACCCUGGCUUGAAAACUCUAACCUUUGUUUGAAACCCAAACGCUGGCUUUAGUCUGAAAUUUAAAACCCUAACCUUAGCUUCAAACCGUUAACCGUAACUUGAAACUCUAACCCUGGCUUCAAACCCUACCUUAAAUCCCUGAUUUUAAACCCAAACCUUUGCUUAAAAAACUAACGGUAAUUUGAAAAUUCAACCCUGGCUUCAAACCAUAAUGGCUGUUUGAAAAGUUAUUCCCAUUCGUGCUUCAAAUUGACCCAGAAGAACGUAACGAAUGUGUGUAGAAAAGAAACGCACUGAAGAAAAUGGAGUCAGUGAUAGUAAGAAAAUUCUUUAAUUUUUUUUUCAUCUCCCUGCCCUUUUUUUUCCCCCCCAAGGAAAUAGUGAAGGAUUU